GUGACGUCAGCAUUAAUCAGCAGUGCAAAACAUCACAAGUAUUUCUUGUGAUUUGGUCAUGUGAAUAGAAGCAGACAGAACUCAGAGAGACAAGAAAGAAGCAAUGGCCUUUAGAAAAACAGAUCCUAAAGAGCAAAUGCGACAGCAGCAGAAAGUGUUAAAGAAAACAGGACGAGAGCUUGAGAGAGACCGUGGGCAGUUGGAGAGACAAGAGAAGCAACUGGAAGCUGAGAUAAAGAAAGCUGCAAAAAGAGGAGACAAACACACAGCUACUGUAUUAGCUAAGCAGUUAGUUAAACUAAGACAACAGAAAACUAAAUCUUAUGGACUGAGUGCUACCAUAACAGCAACAGGACACCAAAUGAAAGCAAUGCAGUCUCAGGUUGCUAUGACAAAGGCAAUGGGCCAAACGUCCAAGGCAAUGGCAUCAAUGAACAAACAAGUGAAACUUGAAGACAUUCAAAGGACAAUGCAGCAGUUUGAAAAAGAAUCAACUAAAAUGGACAUGGCAGGAGAAAUGAUGGAUGAUACAAUGGAUGCAAUACUGUCAGGAGAUGAAGAUGAAGAAGAUGAAGUAAUUGGACAAGUACUGGAUGAGAUUGGACUAGAGUACACCAGCAAAUUGGCUGGUGCUAAGGUCGCAGGUGGUAAGUUAGGACAGGAAGAUAAAGAAUUAACUAGUACUGACGAUCUUGAAGCAAGACUAGCUAAUCUGCAUGCUUCAUAAUUAUAAUAAUUACAAAUAAUAUGUAAUAAUUAAUUUAUUGUUGUCAUUGUCUUUAUUAUUAAAUUUUUAUUCUAAUUAGACAAGUUUAACUCCAGUA